AUGGAACAUCACUAUCCCCGCCGCGACUCGUACCCCUCCCCGCCGUCCCCGUCCUCCUCCCGACCGCCGACGCCCCCGAAAGACCAUGGCGACCCCGAGGGACGGCUGUCUGCGUUCGAAAUGUACUCGGCAAAGGUGUCCGAGGACCCGCAUUCGGCCCAUCACGUCCAGGUACUCGAGAAGGAUGUCCUGUUCGACGACCCGAAUCUCGACGUCGGCUCGGUCGACACCGUGCCAGAAUGGGAGGACGAGAGUCCGUACCCCGAAGUCCGCGCGGCAGUGUCGAACACGGACGACAUGGAGAUGCCCGUGAACACGGCGAGGGCAUUCACCAUCGGCCUCGUAUGGGCAGUGCUCAUCCCCGGAUUGAACCAAUUCAUGUAUUUCCGAUAUCCAAGCACUGCCGUAGGCUCGCUGGUCGCGCAGUUGCUUUCGUUUCCCGUGGGCCGCGCCUGGGCUCGCUUCAUGCCUGCAGUGACGAUUUUCGGAGUGCAGCUCAACCCGGGGCCGUUCACUGUCAAAGAACACGUCGUCAUCAUGGUCAUGGCCACCGUCGGCUCGGCCAGCGCAUACGCGAACGCCAUCUUUGCCGUGCAGAGGCAGUACUACAACCAAGAUUGGCCUUUCAUCUAUCAGUGGAUGUUGACCAUGUCGACCCAACUCAUUGGUUUUUCCCUUGGAGGUAUCUUGAAACGCUUUCUGGUCUCGCCGCCGUCAAUGAUUUGGCCUGCGAAUCUCGUCGCGUGUGCACUCCUCAACACCCUGCACUCGCAGGUCUAUUCGGGUUACGGCCGCUAUUGGGGGAUCAGCCGCGAGCGCUUUUUCUUCUACGGGUUCUCAGCUGCGGCGCUCUACUAUAUCCUCCCCGGCUACCUUUUCACUGCCUUGUCGACCUUCUCUUGGGUUACCUGGAUACGACCCAACAAUGGUACGGUCAAUCAACUAUUCGGGUACUCGUCUGGCCUAGGGAUGUCAAUCUUGACAUUCGACUGGAAUAACAUUGCUUUCAUCGGAAGCCCAUUGGCAACGCCCUGGUGGGCAGAGGCCAAUGUGACCUUCGGUUUCGUCUUCUUCUACUGGCUACUUGCACCGAUACUCUACUAUACGAACACGUGGUGGUCGGCCUAUCUCCCAAUGAUGUCCCGCCAGGCGUUCGACAAUCGCGGCCAGGUGUACAACGUUUCAGCCAUCCUUUCGCCCGAGGGAACUCUGGACGUCGAGAAGUACAAACAGUACAGUCCGCUAUUUCUGUCCACGGCCUUUGCUAUGUCAUACGCUAUGAGCUUUGCGAGUAUCACGGCCACUCUGGUACAUGCUGUGCUUUACUUCCGCAAGCAAAUAUGGGUCCAGGCGCGGCGUUCACUGCAUGAGCAACCGGACGUCCACGCCCGCUUGAUGUCCCGAUACCAGCAGGUGCCGGAGUGGUGGUAUAUCAGUAUCUUCGUUUUACUCUUUGGCGUGGGCGCCGUGGCGGUCGAAGUAUGGCCGACCCAGAUGCCUAUCUGGGGGCUAGUCGUGUCUAUCCUCAUCGCUUUUGUAUACAUCGUCCCGACAGGCAUGCUCCAAGCCAUCACAAAUCAGCAAAUUGGUCUCAAUGUGCUUACGGAACUCGUCGGUGGUUACACUCUGCCGGGACGCCCGCUCGCGCUCAUGAUCUUCAAGACUUACGGUUAUAUUAUGAUCGUACAGGCGUUGCAAUACACUUCCGACAUGAAGCUCGGUCACUACAUGAAAGUUCCACCGCGCACACUUUUCUGGGCCCAGGUCAUCGCCACUAUCGUGGCGGGCACGGUUCAACUUGGUGUACAAGAGUGGAUGUUCGCGCAUAUCGACGGUGUCUGCACCGAGAACCAGAAAGAUCAUUUCGUCUGCGCUCCGAUCGAGGUUUUCUACGUCGCAAGCGUUGUCUGGGGUGCGAUAGGUCCGCAACGCCAAUUCAACCAAGGGACGAUCUACUACGCGCUCAUAUUCUUCUUCUUGAUUGGGGCCGUCGCACCCUUCAUCGGAUGGCUCAUCAUCAAGCGCUGGCCCGCGAGUUUCGUACGCUACAUCAAUGUUCCGGUCAUCUUGGCAGGAACCUCUUGGAGCCCACCUGCGACGGCUGUCAACUACAUCCCUUGGGCUGUCGUGGGCUUCAUCUUCAAUUACGUUAUACGCAAACGGCACUUCUCUUGGUGGGCAAAGUACAAUUACGUACUUUCGGCCGCGUUGGAUUGUGGCACGGCAGUGGCGACGUUGCUCGUAUAUUUCUGUCUUCAAUAUCCCAAUCAUGGAACGCUGGGCGAGAAGACAUUGGGUAGUUGGUGGGGCAACACCGUGUACACGCACACGGCGGAUUAUCGCUCAGAAUCACUGAAGCAUCUAGGAGAAGGCGAAUAUUUUGGCCCUCGAGCAGGCUCGUGGUAG